UCUCUGUUUUCUAAGGAGCGCCCCCGCCUUCCCACUCCUAUAAAUCCUCGCUCUCCUCCGCCUCCAUUUCCUCCCCUCCCAUUCUCUUCUGCAUCCUCUCCUCUCAUCUCCUUCUGCUGCUCUGAACCGAACACAGGCUUGCUCAUCAGAGUCAGAGAGAACCUCUUUCUUGGAGCUUCUGAAUCUCGAGAGAGACAUCCGCUAGCUAGCGUCGCGUAAGUACUCGCGUUGAGUUGCGUGCUAGUAGGCGGCGGUCGUGAUGGCCGGCGGCGCGGUGGUGAACACCGGAGGGGGGAAGGACUACCCCGGGAAGCUCACCAUGUUCGUGCUCUUCGCCUGCAUCGUCGCUGCCACCGGCGGCCUCAUCUUCGGAUAUGACAUCGGCAUCUCUGGUGGCGUGACGUCGAUGAACCCGUUCCUGAUGAAGUUCUUCCCGGCGGUGUACCGGCAGGAGCAGGAGGCGGAGCGGAACCAGAGCAACCAGUACUGCAAGUUCGACAGCCAGCUGCUCACCAUGUUCACCUCCUCGCUCUACCUGGCGGCGCUCGUCGCCUCCUUCUUCGCCGCCACCGUCACUCGCGUCGCCGGCCGAAAGUGGUCCAUGUUCGCCGGCGGCGUCACCUUCCUCGCCGGCGCCGCCCUCAACGGUGCCGCCAAGGACGUCCUCAUGCUCAUCCUCGGACGCGUCCUCCUCGGCAUCGGCGUCGGCUUCGCUAACCAGUCGGUGCCGGUGUACCUGUCGGAGAUGGCGCCGGCGCGGCUGCGAGGGAUGCUCAACAUCGGGUUCCAGCAGAUGAUCACGAUCGGCAUCCUGUGCGCGAACCUGAUCAACUACGGCACGGCCAAGAUCAAGGGAGGGUGGGGCUGGCGCGUGAGCCUGGCCCUGGCCGCGGUGCCGGCCGCCAUCAUCGCCGUGGGCGCGCUCUUCCUCCCCGACACGCCCAACUCCCUCAUCGACCGCGGAUACACCGACGACGCCAAGCGCAUGCUCCGGCGCGUGCGCGGCACGGACGACGUGGACGAAGAAUACCGCGACCUGGUGGCCGCGUCCGAGGAGUCCAAGCUCGUGAGCCACCCGUGGCGCAACAUCCUGCAGCGCCGCUACCGCCCGCAGCUCACCUUCGCAAUCGCCAUCCCUUUCUUCCAGCAGCUGACCGGCAUCAACGUCAUCAUGUUCUACGCGCCCGUGCUCUUCAAGACGCUGGGCUUCGCCGACGACGCCUCCCUCAUGUCCGCCGUCAUCACGGGCCUCGUCAACGUCUUCGCCACUUCCGUGUCCAUCGUGACCGUGGACCGGCUCGGGCGCCGGAAGCUGUUCCUCCAGGGCGGGGUCCAGAUGCUGGUUUGCCAGAUCGUGGUGGGCGGGCUGAUCGGGGCGAAAUUCGGGUUCAGCGGCGUGGCCGUGAUCCCCAAGGAGUACGCGGCGUUCGUGGUGCUCUUCAUCUGCGCCUACGUGGCCGGGUUCGCCUGGUCCUGGGGCCCGCUCGGGUGGCUCGUCCCCAGCGAGAUCUUCCCGCUGGAGAUCAGGUCGGCCGGGCAGAGCAUCACCGUGUCCGUCAACAUGUUCUGCACGUUCGUCAUCGCGCAGGCGUUCCUCCCCAUGCUCUGCCGGUUCAAGUUCAUGCUCUUCUUCUUCUUCGGCGCGUGGGUGGUGCUCAUGACGCUCUUCGUGGCAUUCUUCCUGCCGGAGACCAAGAACGUGCCCAUCGAGGAGAUGGUGCUCGUCUGGAAGGCGCACUGGUACUGGGGCCGCUUCAUCCGGGACGAGGACGUGCACGUCGGCGCCGACGUCGAGAUGCCGGCAUCCGGCAAGAACAAGAUCCAGCCAGGCAACGGCAAGCUCGGCAUCUAGCUAGCCUGUGAGUGACGUCGUCGGUGAAAAUGUUCGCUAAUAAUCAAGCUGUUGCAGUCCGAUGUCAAGGACUUUGAGUCCUGAAUCCUGAUUUGAUUUCCAUUUUUUAUGUGUUGUAAUUGUCUUAGUACCUAGGACGAUGACGAAUAGUCCUUAAUUCCGGGUUCUUUUGUGCCGGAGAUUUUACUCUAGUGCCAUGGUGGCAUGGAUCAAAUAUGGAUAGAAAUGCAAGUUGAAAGGCAAUCUCUGCGCGUGGAUGAAUCAUGAAUUAAGAUAUGAAGACAUGCCAUCAUGAGCUAUCUGGCAA